GCGUGGGGUACCGUACCUGCUGGUACCCACCUCCUACCGUUUAAGUAAACUUUGAAUGUCGCGCCCGUCGCACAGAGCGCUUUGGCCCUUCAGCCUCGUCCGCGCGACAGUCUGGUCAAUCUCUCAUCUAAGCAAACAAUGCUUAGAAGUAUGGUCUAACUUAAUAGAUCGCCCGCUGUGGCAAUCAUCUUUCUAACAUUGCGCAUUUUAUACAUAGUCUCAUAAAUCUUUUCGACACCCGGGGGGAUCAGCACAAUGUCAUCUAGUGAUACCUCUCUCAAUGGUCGUAGCCUAGAGCGCGAAACGAUUGCCACUGAAGCGGACAAGGAGCAGCGUGGUUCGAAUAAGCGCAAAGCGUUAUCGCCUUCACCAAGCGAAGACAAAUCUAGCCAGUCGCCGAAAAGAUCUAGAGUUGGUGAUGGCUCGAGGGAAGACAGCACUGUCAAGCCGCUGCCUACACCAAAGGAGCCCUCUACAGAUUGUCGCGAAAGCGCGCUGCAGGAGGAGAGGAGGCGCGGAAAGCGCUUAUUUGGUGGUUUGCUAAGCACAUUAAGUCAAACCACUUCUAGCUCUCAGCAAAAGAGACGUCAAGAGAUUGAGCGACGACAGCAGGCAAAAGUUCACCAGCAGAGGGCCGAAGACGACAAGCAUAGAGAAGAGAAGCUGGUAAAGCUAAGAACCGUACGGCAGUUGGAACAGCUCAAGUUUGACGAGCGAGUUAUGCAGAAUAAGCAUUCCAAUAUGCUAGCGACGGCACGUUUUCUAGAAACUAAAAGUAUACCUAAGAUAUAUUAUCUACCGUGGGACCUCACAGAAGAGCAGGAAGACAUGAUUAAGGAUCAGACCCGAGAGGUUGAGGACAUCAUCGAUAAGGAGGCCCUCGAUUUCAAGCAACGCAAAGAACAGAAGUUGAAGGUAUUGGGCGUCGCUGUUAGAUCCCCUACGCCCGAACCCAAGGACACAGUGGGUAAUAACCCUAAUGAUGAGCGCCCUGCUGACCCUCCACAAUCUAACCCCACCAAUCGCCCGCCUUCCCACGCUGGUAAGAUCGGUCAUGAAAGGGAGUCCGAUAGGGCGGAUGAUGUUGUGAUAGAGGAGGUUGAGGAUACGGUCAUUUACUGAUACCUAAACCCCUCGGUACGGUUUUUGAUUUUACGUUACGUCUUUUUAGGCUCUGGUGGUGGACGGCGGCACAGGCGUUCUGGUGUGAUAGGGGUUUGCGAACCAGAGAUUCCCGCCGUAAGUUUCGAUGCCAAGGUUGAAUUGUUCGUGUGUGUUAUGUAUAGGUAUGCAUUGCGCAUGAGUUUAAGAUUCCUGGUGAAUUUGAUUAGAAAUCAUACCUUCUAUCGUAUUCUUGAGAAGGAUGGACUGUCUUCACUGGGGCAGCACUGUUUUCUGUUUUUCAUGUAUAGCUGUGCCCCUAUUGGCGAUGAUCCCCCAUAUUACGCCAGCGGAUGAUGCCUACCUAGUCACCACAUACCAAGUGCAAUGGUCUACAAACACUUAGUUCUCGAUAUAUACCAUCGCAUGGCGUAAUGUUCAUGAUAAGCGGUGUGGUCAUGGAAUUAAUGAAACCAGAUUGCAACCUCGAACCCCUAUGGAAUCCGGGUUGCGCGGAUAUGCCUCAAGAGCAUAUGUACCAGGGCGAGGCGUGUUCCUUACAUUAUGUGUCAUGUAUAUACUUGGAGAAGUUCUCUUGCAGCAAUAAUAUGCCGUCUAUAGUAUCAGGUGAGCAGUAUUAAAU